AUGUUUGGUACUGAAAGAUUGUUAAGGAAUCAGACCAACGGCGAAGGUGAGAGCAGACAAUUUGCAGCUGUUACAAUGAAUGAUAAUGUUACCAGGUACGCCAAGAUACAAUCUAACCUUAGUCGGUAUGAGGAUUGGGAAUCUAGACAGAAUAGUAAGAUGGAUCAAACCAUCCAAGACAUCAACGAAAUAUUUGAAUCAAUGAAUUAUAAAGUGAGUAAAAAGAUCUAUAAUGGCAAAAAGAAAUCAAACCAACCGAAGCUGAUACCGGGAUGUAAAUGCUCUAACACUCCAGUUCAGAGAAACGAGUGCAAGAGACUUCAGCUGUGGAAGCUGGCUAAUAUAUUCGAUUUCGGACAAAUAAACGGUAAACAGCAACAUAUUGAAUGCACCACGGAAGCAAGGUGUCGGUCUUCAUCUUUAUCGACAGGUAUGUCAAUGGGAAACGCCGAUGAAAAAUGGUAUAAUUAUCUGCCUGAGGCCGUCUGCAAUAAGUUACAGAGUGUUGAUAGCAUUACUUCAAACACAUCAUCAUUAAGGGAAGCCAAAUCAGAUACUGCGACUAAUGCUUAUCAAAAUCUAUUAGGGGUUCCGCCGCCUCAGAUCAUAGAACCGUCAUUGAGAACCACUAGAUCUGCAUCCUCCGGGUUACGACAUAACAAACAAAUCCAACUUCUGCUUCAUGACUUGAUAUCCGGUGAUAUCUGUGAUACCUAA